UUUGUGUAGCUUCAUUAAUGGGGGCCCUCUUACGAACGCUCUUGCUUUGAGAAUUUUCACUCAACAUCUCAUAGAGCUCAUAAAUCGCCUCGGCCGUUUGACUCCCGAUAUCUCCCCCGGCCGCAUGGUCAACCAUAUAUUGGAGCGUUUGGUGGAGACCAUCGUAGAUGAAUUGAUUGAGGACUCCGAGGCAAAAAUGGUGAUGUGGGAAUUGGAGUUGAUAGCCCUUGAAUCUCUCCCAAGCCUCGUGAAAAGUUUCACCGAUGUUUUGGCUAAAGCUAGCCAUUUGGGUCCGGAGGUCGGUGGUCUUUUGGUGCGAAUAGUACUUGCCCAUGAACUUCUCGUAGACGGAUUCCCACGUAUCGAGCGCGCUCGGAAGCAAUGUCAUGAACCAAGUCUUUGCUCGAUCCUUCAAUGUGUAAGGAAAGCACCUCAUCCGGAGUUAAUUCUCGCCGCUUCCCCGAGCACGAGGCAUGAGGUGUUGUCUUCAAUAAUCGGUCGUGCAAAGUACCUCAUGUUCGGGGGAGGUGGUGGUGGCAAUUGCUCUCCUUAUCCCGCCAUUGAUUCGGUUUCGGGUUAUGGUUGUGGUUCCUCAAUAUUAAGCUCAACGAAAAGGUCGAUCGAUGGUGUCUCCUCUACGGGUGCACGCCUUCGUCUCCCUCGCAUAAACACAAACAACAACUAUACCCGUGAACGCACCAAUGUGAAACAAGGUAAAGCUCAAGCACAAACACAAAUUAUCGACCAAAAGCAUGAGAAAUUAAGAGAAACACGGAAAUUAACCAAGGUUCACAAAAAUCGAGAGAAACACAAUAAAAACGAACAACCAAAUAGCAAAUUAGGCGUCCUACUUGCACUCCCCGGCAACGGCGCCAUUUGUUUAGUAAAGAUUGGUGGGCAAAGGAUAACCAAGUUACUCGACUCGGACAACGGGUCAUCCCACAAUUUCAUGAACGCCGAGUUGUCUCAAAAACUGAACUUGCCAAAUAUGAAUAUUGAACCCUUUGAGGUACGGGUAGCCAACGGGGAGAGGCUGCAAUGCACUAAGUCCUUCCGGAAGGUGCCAAUCAGGUUUAGCGGAGUUACGGUGAAGGCUGAUCUAUAUGCCUUACCCCUGGUUGGACCAGAUGUAGUGCUGGGCGUCCAAUGGCUCGAAGGACUGGGCAAGGUGACGACCGACUAUCGAACAGGAAUUAUGGAGUUCAACUCCGAAGGUCGUCAGGUCCCCCUCAGCACCAGCACUGACCAAGAAGCAAAGGAAGUAGGGUUGAAGAGCAUCGAGAAA